AUGGAAGUUACCGUGGGUAAUACAUUGGCAAAUACGAUUCGAUGUCUGAAUGGUGGGGCUCAUAUUGGACAAUGCCGUAUCGAUGAUGACGCCAUUUGCUUGGCUCUUGGUGGAAGUUGCAUUCAAAGAGCAUGCUGUACAACACCAUUCUUCGGUCUUACCACUACCACCAAAGCACCGGAGGUUGACGGGGAGGCAACGAGAAAAGAAAGCGAACUCCGCACAGUGCCACCACCAGUAGAGGGGAAUGUGGAGCGCAAGAUUGAUCUCACAGAAAUUGAAGAGCUCCUCCGCAUUGUGGACAGUAUACGCAGCACCAUUGCCCCAAAUCAGGAGGAUCAGUAA